GUGUUUCAAAACCGCCCGGCAUUGCCACCCUCGUGUAUGCUUUCGGAGUGCUAAAAAAGCUGGAAUAUCAGUGCUGAUGCUAUAAAGCAGAUGACUGUGCAGCCGUGAGGGUCUCAUAUUCGUGUACUACAAACAACCUAACAAGACAGGCAAAAUGACUCAAACAGGCAAAAAAGAAUUUAGGCGACUCGGGACGAAUAUUCUUCCAGAACAUUAUAAGAUCUCAUUGAAAAUUGAUAUCGAGCUCUGUAAAUUCGACGGUACAGUUGAAGCCAACAUAAAGGUAAACGAGCCUUGCGCAUCGAUUCUGCUUGAUAGUAUUGAGCUAAAUGUUAGCGGGGUCGAACUGCAAAGUGGUGAGAGCAAGAUUGCUGCUAAAGAGAUCAAGGAACUCAAAGAUGAGGAUCGCGUUGAAUUCGUUAUGGACGAACUAGUACCAAAGGGUGCAAAUGUCUUGCGGUACGCGUUCGCGGGCAGCUUGAAUGAUAAACUUCGCGGCCUAUAUCGCUGUAAAAGCAAGAAUGCAAAAGGCGAGGAUGUCUACUCUGCUUCCACCCACUUCGAACCGAGUGAUUGCCGACGUAUGUUUCCUUGUUGGGAUGAGCCGGCGUUAAAGGCAACUUUCGAGAUGACCUUAAUCACAAAAAAAGGAUUUCUCGUAUUGUCUAAUACUUCCCCCGUGGAAGAAAAAGACGCCACCGAGUCUGGCUGGAUAGAGACGCGAUUUGAACCUACACCCAGGAUGAGCACUUACCUUCUUUGUGUUGUUGUGGGUGAUUACGACUAUGUCGAAGGAUUUAGCGCGCGAAAAAUCCGAAUUCGUGUUUACACUCCUCCUGGCAAAAAGGAGCAAGGUCGAUUUGCAUUGGACUACACUAUUAAAUCGUUCGACUUCUACGAAGAUUACUUCAAGACUCCGUAUCCUUUAAGCAAAUGCGACUGCAUUGCCAUUUCGGACUUCUCCAUGGGGGCCAUGGAAAACUGGGGCUUGAUCACGUAUAGGGAGACACGCAUCCUGGUGGAUCCAGCUAAUACAAGCACAUAUUCAAAAAUGCGAAUUAUAAUGACAGUUGCUCAUGAGGUGGCGCAUCAGUGGUUUGGAAACCUCGUCACAAUGGAAUGGUGGACUUCGUUCUGGUUAAACGAAGGUUUCGCUAAAUUUAUGCAGAUGUAUUCUGCAUCGGUGUUUGCGCCAGAGUUCGACAUCAUGACGCAGUUCCCGUCUACUGUAAUUCAUCCUGCCCUUAAGCUGGAUGCUUUGGAUAGUUCUCAUCCGAUUGAAGUGGAAGUUCACCACCCCCAUGAAGUAGAAGAAAUUUUCGAUGCAAUUUGCUACCAAAAGGGAGCCUCUGUUAUAGCAAUGCUCUGUAACUAUCUUGGCAAAGAGACCUUCCGCAGCGGCCUGCAACUGUACAUGACGCGACACGCCUACGGUAACACUACAACAGAGGAUCUGUGGGCAGCUAUUAGCGAGAAAAGCGGUCAGAAUAUUAACGAUCUGAUGGAUUCUUGGAUUAAGCAAAUGGGAUUUCCUGUUCUGUCGGUGAAGUCACGUGAAUCCGGUACCAAUCGUAUCCUGGAGAUUAAGCAAAGGAAAUUUUAUGCAACUGCCGAGAAAUCCGCUAAAAGCCCCCAGCCACAAUGGAAGGUCCCACUUGUGAUUGGUGCGGCUGGACUUGAGACGACAACAGUAUUGCUGGAUUCUCCUGAACAAGAAAUUGAAAUCAAAGAUGGCGCCAACGCUGCGUGGAUACAUGUUAACUACGGAGCUUUUGGUGUAUUUCGCGUCCACUACGAUCAGCCAAUGCUUGACGCCCUGAUGCCAUCGAUCCGUGAUAAGAGCCUAUCUGCAGUUGAUCGGUACACCUUACACUCAGAUCUCUUUGCCCUCGUGAAGGCCGGUUAUGCGUCAACGAAGGAACUUCUCAUAUUGACGCAGGCGUAUAGUAACGAAACCGAAUUGUCCGUCUUGGAAUCAAUCAUAGACUUCCUUCUCGAACUUGCACAGCUUCUGGAUGAUCAGCCGGUACUUCACGAAAAGCUGAGUUGUUUCGCGCGACAGCUGUUAUCGGGAAUAUUUCAAAAACUUGGAUGGGAUAUUAAACCAGACGAGAAGCCAUCGGAUGCAAUCUUGCGUACGCAACUGGUGAACGCGCUAGUGACUUUAGGUGACGAGAGUGUGCUUGCGGAAGCCCGACGGCGAUUUGAUAAUUAUAUAGCCGGAUCGGGUACUAUUCCAGCCGAUGUGCGAAAAGCUGUGUAUAAAGCUGUUGCUAUGGAGGCCCAUAAACAGCCUGCUUUAUGGGAUGAGCUUAUGAAGCUGGUGAAGACCACUGAUUUACAAGAGGAAAUCGUCAGGAUCCAAACAUCAUUUGGGUUUGCUCGAAGCAAGGAUUUGUUAUUGAAGACCUUAGAGUAUGCCGAUUCCGAUGCCGUACGCAGUCAGGACCUUCCCUUUGUCAUAGGAUCAGUAGCCGGUCACUCGCUUGGAAGAGAACUUGCCUGGGCACACUUUAACGCUAACUUUGAAAAGUAUAAGAAAAUGUACAAUUCGGGAUCGCUGUUCCACAUUAUAAUUUCAUGGGUAGGAGAAAACUUCCACUCGCUAGAGAAAGCAAAGGAGUUUCAGGUUUUCUUUCAAAAGCACCCGAUCGAAGGAGGCGAACGCAUAGUACAUCAAACCCUCGAAUGCAUUGAAAACAACGCUGACUGGCUGCGAAGGGACGGCCAGCAGAUUGCGUUAUUCUUUAACGAGACGCAGUAGAAGUGCUUUGGAAAUAAGUACUCCACCAAAACAGUGCACCAACCCACCGCCACCUCUGAUCCAUACGGCAGUAUUCCACCAAGUAACCAUGAGCAGAUUUUAAAGACCGCGUACGACGACGGUCUUUUUUUUCUAUCGCAGAAUUAUCUUCAGUGACUUUCACGAAUAUUAUUAGCAAUUACGAAAAAACUCACUCAGCGGAACAGUUAGUACGUACCUAGGCAACCUCGGUUUUUUCCAGCCUAAGUACGUCGCAGCGAAGUUGACUGACUGUCAAGAUAAAUCUAAUUUGAAAGAGGAGAGUUCGAACUCUCUAUAUAUAAUUCUUAUGUCGAUUAAAACCUUUAUUACUUGGGCAA